AUGAAGCCCGCUCGCGUUAGGAACCUCGUCAACCGCAAAGGCGCUCUUUGGGCUCGAGCAAAGAGCCAAGCCAAGAUUUGGAAGGGUACGACAAUAUUCCAUUUCAUCUUACGCCUGCUCCAAUUGGUUGCCGGUCUCGUCGUCGUCGGCAUGUACGGCAAGUACCUCAACCGCGCCGUCAAGGUGGACGUAUACGCUGAUGGAAAAUGGGUGUACGCCGUCGUCGUCGGCUCCGUUGCCGCCGCGAGCGCCAUCACGUUCAUGUGCGCCGCAGGGUUCCUCCACUUUGGCACCGUCGCCGUCUGUUUUGCGUGGGAUUGGGUCCUCGUCAUUCUCUUCGCCGCCCUGACUGGCAUCUUCGGGUCGAUGUAUAUGCCCGAGCGGGUCGAGAUGGACGAGGACAUUCAAUACAUGAAGAUCGCCGUAAUAUUUGACCUCAUCAACCUGGGGCUCUGGUUCGCUAGCGCGGUCUGGUCGACAUUCGCCUUCUGUCGGGCGCGCAAGUUUCAAAUAUACGGCCGCAAAAAGGCCGGAGGUGAGCGAAGAGUCGCCCGAGCCCCCAGCGCCACGAGUUGA